CUGAAUUCAAACAGUCCCAUUUACCUGCCUCUGUCUAAACAAUGUGAGAUAUGGCCCGGUAGGAUGUACCUUGUUUCCUGUUGUAAUCUCUUUCCAUUCUCUCUUAUCUGCAGAGCUCAAAGCCCGCCAGGAGACCGCGAGCUUUGCUUUAUCAGCGGAGGACAGGAAAACCAUGGCACUGUCUUGUUACAGGCCACCGACCCGUUAAGAAGUCCCCUCGAGACCCCCACCUCAUCUCAGAGCGACACCUUUGAACCUCCAUGCAAGUUUCAAGGACAUAAUGUGAUUCGUCUUGGACAUUCUUGGACUUGAAAUUCACCAUGAUACAGCAGUGCCACACGGGCCUGUGCCUGUCCGUUUACAUCCUCACCUUUGUGCUGGGCUUCCCCGCUAACAUCUUAGCCUUCUACACCUUCGGCAAAAAAGUCAGGCAAAAAGCCACGCCCAUUGACAUUCUCCUCCUCAACUUGACCAUUUCGGACUUACUUUUCCUCCUCUUCCUGCCCUUCAAGAUGCAGGAAGUCACGAAUGAUAUGAUUUGGAAAUUGCCCUAUGCCCUCUGCCCUCUGUCCGGAUUUAUUUUCUACCUAACGAUCUACACAAGCACCUUUUUCCUCACGGCGAUCAGCGUGGAGCGAUAUCUGGGAGUGGCGUUCCCGAUCCAGCAUUCCUUGAAGCGCAGACCGAUCUACGCCCUCGCGGCUAGCAUCUUUUUUUGGAUCUUCUCAUUUAUUCACUUAAGCAUCGUCUUCAUCAUUCCGCUAAUCGGCAGCCCUCCAGCGCCAACCCCUACGGACACUUCAGACAUCGCCGAUUCCCUAAACACGUCGACUUUAGCUAACAAUAAUCUCAAAAUGGAAAAUGAGGUUUGCUACCAGAACUUCACCGAAGAGCAGCUGAAAAUCCUCCUCCCUGUACGCCUUGAACUAUGCAUCGUCCUGUUUUGCAUCCCGUUUUUGAUCUCCAGCUACUGCUACAUCAACUUUAUUCGAAUUCUGUCAUCGCUGCAGCACAUCAAUCGUAGAAAGCGUCUCCGCGCAAUCGGCAUGGCGUUGGGAACUCUCGUAGUCUUUGCCUUAUGUUUUGGACCGUACAACGUUUCGCAUAUCGUCGGUUUCAUCCAGUGGAAAAGUCCAGAAUGGAGGGACAGGGCGUUACUUUGCAGCACUUUCAAUGCUUGUUUAGAUCCAUUCAUUUUCUAUUUUUCGUCAUCGGCUAUGCGAGGGUCGGUCAGCAGUGUUUUGGAAGGAAUUAGGAAAAGAUUACCAAGCUGCCUGUCUUGUCGUGUGCCUCGAGUCCUGAAAAUCAGCAGCAGUAAUAGCUCCAGUGACAAAGAUAAGGAACGCAAACAGGAGUCCAUGAGUGCUAUCUGAUAAACUGGGCAGGAGCAGUUUGCCGCUGUUCUCAAUGUAUUUAUUGGACGUUUAAUGUUCUUCGACCCACGGGACCCGGAAAUUAAUGUUUUGUUUUUGUACUAAGCUCUCUUCAUUUGUAUAGUUUUAUUAAGCGUUGAACCAAGGACUCACUCAGGUCUAAACCAGGACUUUAAACUGGAUGUA